UAUGUGGGUCAUAUUGUUAGCAGUGGAACGAGCAUCUUACAUCUUUAAUACACCAUGUUUUUGAAAAGAAACACCUAUUUGCUGGUGUUUUUAUUCUGUUCUCUGACUUUGUGGUGCAAGUCAACCAGUGCAGGCUCGAGCUUCCUCAGCCCCUCACAAAAACCUCAGAACAGGGGAAAGUCUUCCAGGGUCGGCCGCCAAGUCAUGCAGGAGCCUCAACAACCCACUGACGACAAACACAUCACACAGAUUAGCGCUCCCUUCGAAAUUGGCAUCUCUAUGACAGAGGAGGACUAUGAUGAGUACGGUGUAGUGCUGCAGGAGAUCAUUCAGCGUCUGCUGGGGGGCACAGAGGCAGCAGAGGGACCGCCACAACUCUGAAGAUCAUGGAGGAAACUUAAGAAUCUUCCGUCUGCAAUGUCAGCUUCAUUAGAUGGUGAUUCUUAAUAUACUGACAGCAGAAACAUGCUGAUCUCAUUUCUUUUAAACCUUUGUGUAUUCUUCAGCUCAUUAGUCAGAUUGUGGCUAUGGCAUGUAUCACUAAAUCUUUCAUUUCAUUACAAACUUGUUUUUGGAGCUUUCCACCACAUCCCAGAGUCUCAGUGAGUUUGUUGCAAUGUAAUUCAAUACAAAGUACAAGUUGAUAAAAGUUCAUUUUGGUUGUUGGAAAAAAAUCAUCCAAACUCAGGUCUAAGGUCAAUAUCGAAUGUUCCCCUCUCAAAUAUGUAAAGUUGCAGUGAGUUACUCAGAUUUGUCAAUAUGUCAGAUUGUUUUAUCAAACAUAUUUAGUCUAGUUUUUGGUAAAACCCUUGUUUCAGCUGAUGAUUCAUUCAGAUUCUUAACUGUGUAAUUAAAGAAAUGUACCGUACAACCUGUCCUCAUUUGUCAUCAUAGUCCUACAUGUGUCCAUAUAAAUAAAGCAUUGAUAAACUUUCGUCUCUCUGUCUCAUCUUUGGAAAGGUAUUGACAUAAAUAAAGUAAAGAAUUGGGGUGGAAUUGAGUAAAUGAGAUGGAGGAAUGCACAGAGGUUACAUUUCCUCCUUUUAACUGGGUUAUAGAAUUCAGAAUGGGUUCUGUCCUGGGAUACACACCUGUGUUACUUUGCAUUUGGCCAAAAAACAACAGAAAAAGGACAUAAAAAUAACUGUCCACAACAAUAUUCAUGGUCCUGAGGUCUGCUGGUUUGACAGCUUCCUGAGGAGUUUAGCAUCUCACAGGCUUAAAUAUUGUU